GGCGGGCGCCCGGAGACGCGGCUGGGGCCAGCGCGGCCGGGGGGGCGCCGUCCCAGGGCUGGCUUGCCCGGCCCCGGCCCCGGCCCCAGCCCCGGGCUCCCCAUGAAAAACCAGCUCCGCGGGCCCCCAGUGCGGGCGCACAUGUCGGCUUCGGGGGCGGCGGCGGCGGCGGCUGGGGGCACCCGGGCGGGAUCGGAGCCCGGUGCGGGAUCUGGGUCCGGCGCUGGCAUCGGAGCGGGAGCCACGACGGGAACGGGGGCCAUGCCCUGCAAGAGCGCCGAGUGGCUGCAGGAGGAGCUGGAGGCGCGCGGUGGCGCGUCCCUGCUGCUGCUGGAUUGCCGGCCGCACGAGCUCUUCGAGUCGUCGCACAUCGAGACGGCCAUCAACCUGGCCAUCCCGGGUCUCAUGCUGCGCCGCCUGCGCAAAGGCAACCUGCCCAUCCGCUCCAUCAUUCCCAACCAUGCCGACAAGGAGCGCUUCGCCACGCGCUGCAAGGCGGCCACCGUGCUGCUCUACGACGAGGCCACGGCUGAGUGGCAGCCCGAGCCCGGCGCUCCCGCCUCUGUUCUCGGCCUGCUCCUGCAGAAGCUGCGAGACGAUGGCUGCCAGGCCUACUACCUCCAAGGUGGUUUCAACAAGUUCCAGACGGAAUAUUCAGAGCAUUGUGAGACUAACGUGGACACCUCGUCCUCCCCGAGCGGCUCGCCACCGACCUCCGUGCUGGGCCUGGGGGGCCUGCGUAUCAGCUCUGACUGCUCAGAUGGGGAGUCAGACAGAGAGCUGCCCAGCAGUGCCACUGAGUCGGAUGGCAGCCCUGUGCCAUCCAGCCAGCCAGCCUUUCCAGUCCAGAUCCUGCCCUACCUCUACCUCGGCUGUGCCAAGGACUCUACCAACCUGGAUGUACUUGGCAAGUACGGCAUCAAAUAUAUCCUCAAUGUCACACCCAACCUGCCCAAUGCCUUUGAGCACGGUGGUGAGUUCACCUACAAGCAGAUUCCCAUCUCUGACCAUUGGAGCCAGAACCUCUCUCAGUUCUUCCCCGAGGCCAUCAGCUUCAUUGAUGAAGCCCGCUCCAAGAAGUGUGGGGUCUUGGUGCACUGCCUAGCAGGCAUCAGCCGUUCAGUGACAGUUACUGUAGCCUACCUGAUGCAAAAGAUGAACCUGUCCCUCAACGACGCCUAUGACUUCGUUAAGAGGAAAAAAUCUAACAUCUCGCCCAACUUCAACUUCAUGGGGCAGCUGCUGGACUUUGAGCGGACGCUGGGGCUCAGCAGCCCAUGCGACAACCAUACGCCCAGUGAACAGCUCUACUUCUCCACACCCACCAACCAUAACCUGUUCCCGAUCAACACACUCGAGUCCACGUGAGGCCUGACACACUAGCGGGCGCAGCACCAGGGUCUCCCAGCCCUCCACAGGGUCUGGUGGGGACCCCUCACCUGCUGCCUCCUGGGCCUGAAGAACCCACAGAUGUCACCUGUGUCCAGAGAACCAGGCUGAGCAGUGGCUAAGCUCCCAUGCCAUCCUGGGCAGGGCCCACAGCAAGGCCGCUUGAGGCAGCACUUGCCGGAGUGGCUUCAGCUUUCCAGACAUGUGUUGCUGAAGUGAGCAUUGCCCUCGGCUUUCAGACUGGUGGCUUGGGAUCCAGCGGGGCCUCGUCUCUGCCCUAGGACAUCCAUUCUGCUGAUGGCCAGCCAUUCUGGCUAUUUUUAAAGACAUAUCCACAGACCUGAGUUUACUACUUUUGGCAGGUAAAUCCAAGCUCCCUGGAGCAGAGAGUGUUAAAGCUCUUCUUGAUUUUUCUUUUCUUUUUUUUAACGAAAAGUGUUCUUUUUCAGGCUAAAUGCAACAGUGGAUUGUAUAAACCAAUAUUUCACCCAUUUCUUAAUCUGCAAGAGGGAGAGAGAGAGAGAAAGAUGUGUUCUCAAUUUCAAUUCUUCUUUCAAAAAGCAACCAUUGUUGUAUUUUCUUUUGUUUUCAAUGGAAAAGACAAACCGCAUGUUCUUGACCAAAUGCAUUUUGCACAUGUGUGAAGCCUCCUCUUUCCCUGCAGGCCAUUCUUGAAGCAGGGGUUGGGUUGUUCUUCAGGCAUCAGGACCUCUGGUUAUACCAUCUUUUAUCUGUGGCCCGGCCCAGCCCAGUGCCGCAUUUGCAUGGGCCAGUUGCUAUAAGUUGUGCUUGGUGGACGCUGGGGUCCUUGCAUUGUCUGCCCUCCUGCCAACCUUCUGAGAGUCCUGCAGACCUCUCCGAAGCGGAACAUGGUGGUUCUCCCCUGUCCUGCUAGAGAUGGUGCUACAGGGGAAUGCCAAACGCAGUAGCAUUAGCCCUCUGGGCUCAGCCUGUAAGAGGGCUGGGCCCUGGCCCUUUUCCAGAUUACCCACCACCUCUGUGGUUAUCUCUCUCUUAACUGGGAGUAGAGGCCCCACAGUGCCUGAGUAAAGCAUGAAGUGGGACACAGCUCUGCCUUCCCAGUCAUUUCCCCUCAUCUUAAGUGUGGCUUCCAUCCCCUCCUACUUCCAGUCCCCUUGUCCAGGGGUACACCCCCCACCCCGACCUGCGUUGCCUAUGCCUUUGACCUGCAGGCAACUUCCACCUGUUGGGCUGGGGCAGGCGGGGCAGGGACAGGCCAGUGGGAGUAUGAGGUGCUGUCUGCCACCCAGUAUCCAUGGGACAAAGCCACAGGUUCCAUAACGUUCCUCCAGUUUUAUUGCUUCUCUAGCCUUGGUUCUUAGCAGGCACCAAGAGAAAUGGAAAGGGAGACUGCUGGGGUCCUAAUGGGAGCAGUGCCACAGUGGGCAGUGACUGAGGACGCAGAAGCUCCACCCUACCGCAUCUUACCUCACAGGGGUGGUUUUCAGGGAUUCUUUAGGGCAGCAGAUCAAAAUCUUGACACAGCUGAGAAAUUGGCAAAAGACUCAAUGCUGUACAUGGUAUGCCCCACCCCGUCUUUCUCUCUCUCUCUCUCAUUUUUAAAAAGAAAGUCCAGAAAGAUGGAUCAGAGUGUAAAUGAGGAAAUAGCAAGAAGGUGGCCAGUUUUGCUUUAAGAUCUUAUGAAGGAAAGUUUGUGACCCUACAUAUAUAUAUAUAUAUCUAUCUAUACAUAAGUACGUACAUACACACACACACAUAUCCCGAGCCAACGACGGGACUUUGUUUAUAUUGCAAAUAAAUAUUAUUUUUUCUUUAAA